AUGUUCAUAUACGGGUUACUAACGAUAGCUUUUCUAGACAUAAUUAAAUCAUUCAGAAUCAUGAAAAUUGUUAUAACCAAUACUAGUGGACUAAACGUCGUAGAUAAUAAAUUUGAACCCAAGUAUUUCACAAAAAAUAAAUUACGUUUUGUUAGCCCAUAUGUAUACACAUAUAAAUUAUACACGAAAAAAAGAUGGAUAGGAAAAAAAAUAUCAGACAUAUUAACCUCGGAAUUUUGUGCUUAUGAUCUUAACUACUUUAAAGAAUCCAUAAAAAAAGGAUAUAUAAAAGUUAACCAUGAAAAUGUGACAUGUGAUUAUUUAUUGAAAAGCAAUGACUUGAUUCAACAUAAACUCCUGUUAUUCGAAAAAACUGUGAUAUCUAAUAAGAUAAUAAUUUUAUAUGAAGAUGAAAAUUUUCUGUGUGUAUAUAAGUCUGCUAGUAUACCUACCCACCCUGUCGGGUUCUACCAGUAUAAUUCACUCCUACGAACUUUACAAAAUUAUAUCACGUCCUGUUCUUUAAAAAAGGAACAAUCCGAUAUGAGACAAAAUUUGGAAAUGGUGACAGGUGAAGUUGGGGGUGAAGCUGGGGGUGAAGUGACAGAGAAUGUACUGGAUGAAGAUGUCAUAAAAAUUAGCUUUAAUUUUAAAAACAACAAUUUUAAGAACAUGGAAAGAAUGGAAAACUCUCCUUUUCCAGAUGGUACUAGUCCAGGGCACGGUUCAAAAGUGUAUUGCGAAGAAAUGAAGGAACCAAAAAAAUACAACAUGAGUAGUAACAUAGGAAAAAGGGAGAACAGAGGAGAAGAAGGAGAAUAUACAAGCGAAAAAGAUGCGAGUUUGAUAAAUUACUCGAGAAAGAGGAAACAAAGUCAAACAUAUUUAGACCAGCAAAAGUGCAUGAACGAUUCAGGGAAAAAUUAUAAAAAAAUAUCAACAGAUUUAAAUUGUAGUUACACUGGUGUGGGAGAUGUUUAUUUGACUACUUCAAAUCACAUAAAUAACGAAAAGAAUCAAAAGGAUGAAAGAAACCAGUACAUAUCUUCAUCAACCGGUGAAACGGAGAACCUAUCAUCAACUGGAUUCAUCAUUAGUGAGGAGAAGAAAAAAAAUGAUGAAAAAUUGGGAUCUCAAACAUCAACAGAUGAUGUGGGACGACGCAGGGAGGAAUGCAUUAAGUCAAGAGACAAGGGAAGGAUCUGCAAAAAGGUAGCCCAACCAGCAAACCAACCAGGAAACAAAGUCGAAAGAGACGAUUCCUACAUUUACACACUACAUAGACUAGAUAAGCUAACAUCAGGAAUUGUCCUUUUCGGAAAAAACAAAAAAUUUUCAACCUUCUUUUCGCAAAAUAUUUCGAAUAACAAAAUGAAAAAAUCGUACAUAACAAGAGUAGAAGGUGAUUUUCGAACCCUUAUUAAGAAACUCAUAGAUGACAAAAAAAAAAAAAUACUAAAGGAUUUGGAUAGCAAAAUAUUGAAUGAUAUAAUAGAGAAGUAUUGCUAUGGUAACAAAGAAGGUGCUCCUCUACCUUUCAAUGAUGAGGAAUUUUUUAAAAAUGAUAUAUUUUUGUAUGAAAAUAAAUACACCAGAGAGGAUAUUAGAAAUGGAGAAAGUGACAUGAAGACCCUGGCCCGUAUUGUGUAUGAGAAGAAAAGUUACCUAAAAGAUGCUUUUGACGUGGAAAAGUUUGAAAUGGACGAUUACAUGUGUGAAAAUGCAAAAACGCAAAAGAAAGAUUUUGAUACCUAUCAUAAGUACUUCCUCAUAGAUUUCGGAUACAUGUACUGUGAAGAUAAGAAACUUCUAAAAUAUGUAUUUACAAAAUACACCCAAAAAAAUCACGAACUCAUGAAGCAAUAUUCCCUUAAACCAAGUGUCACGAAAUUUAUGUUUCUUUCAUAUAACGCAGACCUGAAUGAAUCCCUCGUUUUAUGUCAACCGAUAACUGGUAGAACCCAUCAAAUUAGAGCACAUCUAAAGAGUCUCACUUUUCCCAUAUCGAACGAUGCACAGUAUAAUGAAGAAUUCGAGAAAGAGUACAUGAGUAAGUCAGAAUAUUUACACUUUGAUGAAACAGAAGAAGAGCGUUCGGGGGAAGAAGACAAAAAAUUCAGUCAUUAUCAAGGGAGUGCACAAAUGGGAACCUGUAAGGAUUCACACAAAUAUGAAGAAUUUACAGCUGAAAAAAUUGCACCUGAAAUGGAAAACAGUGAAUCAUCCUGUAGAAAAAAAUUAAAAAAAAAUCCAGAAAAACCAGAAAAGUACUCCUACUUCCCCCUCAUCCCAUUUUUGAAUACGUCCUUUCAUUGGCUCUAUGAUGACAAUAUAAAUCUUAAUAGCACCAACAAUGAAACCUACUUGAAUAAUUACUUUUUCAAAAAAAUUAGUAACAUUACUUAUCACAGCUCAGGAAUAUUCUUGCAUUCCUUUAGAUACACAUGGGAAAAUGUCUUUGACAUUUUUACGCUGCUUCCUAAGUGGUGUACAUUAUUUUAUAUUCCAAAGAGCAUUAUUAUUUUUUUGCUAUAUGGCUCUUUAUCCUAG